GAGGAGGAGGAGGAGGAGGAGGAGGAGGAGAGUGUAGAAAAAGGGAGGCCGAAGGGUGACGAGGGCGCCGAUGUCGGUGGUUCCUCGCAAGGUGCUCGUUAUUCUCCCUCGUACGAGGUGCGCAAAAGCCAUAUCGUUGAUGCAACGAGGAUGGCACGUGCCGUCCCAACGAGACGAGGCCUACAGGCUUUGAUUCUCGUUCUUGUUACCGCCUAUGUCACCAUUCUCCUCUAUCAAGCAGUGGCACCUCGCCAGCUGGUGGAAGAGUUAAACAGCGAGGUUGUUAAUGGUAAAAACGAAACGGUGAUCGAAGUAUCGGCGUCGAGGAGAAUCAUUAUCGAGGAAGGAGGAUCGGCGAUGACCCCACCGGUCGCUACGGCCACGAUCGUACCCUUCUCUACAAAUCUGGACGACGUGUUUAUCAGCGUCAAAACUACCAAACACUAUCACCGUUCUCGUUUGCCGGCAAUCAUCGACACAUGGUUUCAAUUUGCCAAGGAUCAGAUCUGGUUUUUCACCGAUCGAGAAGAUCCAUACUUUCAGAAUCAAACGAACGGCCACAUGAUUGAUACGAAGUGUUCUUCCUCUCACAACAGACGAGCCCUUUGCUGCAAGAUGUCCGUAGAGUUUGACAGAUUUCUCGAAGCCGGCCGAAAGUGGUUCUGCCACUUCGAUGACGAUAAUUACGUGAACGUACCACGCCUUCUGAAGCUCCUGGACAAUUACAACCCACGGGAGGAUUGGUAUCUUGGCAGACCUUCGAUACCAGCCCCUCUGGAAAUCAUGAGGCAGGGACCAGAGCCAUCGAAACGACCGCAAAAGGUCAGAUUCUGGUUUGCUACGGGCGGAGCCGGGUUUUGCAUCAGCAGGGCUCUAGCGCUGAAAAUGACGCCGCUAGCUGGAGGCGGAAAGUUCAUCACCGUAGGCGAUAGAAUCAGGCUUCCCGAUGACGUAACCAUGGGAUAUAUCAUCGAGUACCUUUUGAAGAAGCAGCUGACGGUGAUAGAGCAAUUUCAUUCGCAUUUAGAGCCAAUGAAGUUCCUUAACAAGGACACCUUUCACGAGCAGGUAUCUUUCAGCUAUUCGAAAGGUGCACGAGACGAGUGGAAUAUCCUGAAAAUCGAUGGAUUCGAUAUGAAGGAGGAUCCGAAAAGAUUCAAAUCCAUUCACUGUCACCUCUUCCCGCAUCUACCGAAUUGUCCGCACAGGUGAUGACAUUAACGGACCGAGUAGAGAGUAGUUAAUGAACGAAAGAGAAACGUUGAAGGAGAAGAUUCAUCGUCAACGGGAAUGUACAUUUUCUUAAUCAAAACGAUCUCGAGUCGGUCAGAUUUGCAUUGAUCGGUAAACGAGCCGAUAACCAUUCUAAUUGCUAAGAAAAUAUAUUCUUCCUUUCUUCCUUGUAUUAUUCGCCGCACGUAAUAAUUUUUGUAAUAAUAAAUGCCGUACGCGUACUUCUCCAAGAGCAUUUGACAUCGAUACUUUUUACGCGUCAGUUUCGUUAACUCGUUUACGCAGAAAGUAAUUUAGGUACAAGUGUAAUUAGUCGUUUAGCCCUUUCUUUAGACUCCGACGUUUACUCGCUUUAAGUAUCUAAUAGGCAGUUGUAGAAGAAUAUCGAUGACAUCUCGACGUUUUUGUCGAUUAUUUGUAAGAUAAAUUUGGAAUAGCGAAAUGUGUAUUAUAUUAUUAUAUAAGGGACUUAUGCAAAAUGUACGAAUCGAGAUUAAAGAAAUAACACUUUGUACAUAAUCAUAAGGUAAGCGGCAAUCGACGGCGCGUUUCUCUCCCGAGCGAGAAACGAAAUUAUUUUAAGCUAGUCCAUCGCGAGAACAAAUUUAUCGUUAAGCGCGUGCAUGCGCGGGAAGUAUAUUGCAAAAGUGAUACAUAUUUAUAUAAUAUGAAAUAUAGAAAUGUACGCUCUCUUCUCUUGCGACACAUUUCAUCGAUAUUUUAUUUUGCUAAUAUUAGUGUGCAAUAUAUGCGCAAUUUGUAGAAUAUUUGCGAAAAUGAUAACAAUUUAUAUUUGUUAUAAUAGUCGAUUUAGUCGGGACCAAAAUUCGAAAGCUUUUACGUUUCGUUUAAUAUUUUUGUCUCGCACUAGCAGCGAUAUUUCUUCUUUCCAAUAUUUUGUAAUUUAUUUCCAUUCGAGCGUAAGCCAAUUGAAAUAUUAAAAGUGUAUGAAACGUUCGUGUAAUUCGUAUAAGAUGGAUAUCAAAGAUAUCGGGUCGAUUCGUAUAUGUAGUAGAAAAUUGAUGAUGGCUGGAAAUACGAGAUGUGUAAGAUACGACUACGUUGCGCAAUGAUGUUUUAUAUAAGCUGUACAUAAAUCGAAUGUGUUUUUUUUA